CCCCCAUAGAAAAACCGCCUACUCGCCAUCAUUCCUUGGCUGUUGUUUUUGCUGUGUCAAAAAAGAAACCGAAAGAAAAAGAAAUAAAAACCCCUCUCUCGCCCUCUCUCUCGUUUGGCUUUGUUUAUCAACAAAAUCUAGAGCAACCCAUUUGGCUGCUCCUCCAUUUGAAGGAAAAAUAUACGCAGUCCCAUUCCAUUUUUCGCUCGUCACUUCAUUGCUUCCGAGGCAGGUCUUAAGUGGAGGCAAUUAUUAAUUUAACUGCAGCAGCUUCUCCUAUCCCCAUUUGUUCUCAACUUUUGCUAUAUGACCCUGGAGGCUCACUGAAUUUUUUUGGACCCAUUUUCGCAGCGACAGUGGGGAGGCUUUGAACAAGUUAGGGAUUGUUGUUGCUGAUUAGUUCUAAAAAUCGUGGCCGGUAGGGUGUUUACUCGAUGGGUAUUCGCCAUUUGUUUCCCUCUCCCUCUUGUUUGCCGUUUAGUUUGAAUCACGCCAACCUUCUUAGGGUUUGAUGCUGAAGCUUGCAGGGCUGCUCUGUACGAAACGUUUUUUUUUUCUUGGGUAGAAAAGACGAGUUAUUUCGGGAUUUACAUGCUUUCUGGUAAAGUGGGUUUUAAACUGUUGGUUUUAACAUAAUCUUUUCUCUCUGAUUAAAUGCUGCAAGGAAUUUGUUUGCUGCUGCAUGUAAUGCUUGUUUUUAUUUGUGAAGUAUAUGAUAUUUUACUCUCUUUGAUAAUUUAUGACGUCUUAGUUGGUUUGCUCUGACGAUUCCCCAAGCUAACAUGGAAGCAUGUAGAUUUUGAGCGUUCUUGCCGUGUCGUGUAUUGGAUGACUAAAAGUAAUGUCAUGUGUAACGUCAGAAUAUGAUAAAGUUUUCUUCUGUUUGUUGAAUUCCGUCGCAUCAUUUAUGAGAUAAUGGCUUUUGUAUUUCCAUUUGAUAUCAAGUUUUGCUUUACCUCUGUCUCUGUUCCAAGCACAAAGGCUAUGGCUGUUAUGCUAUGUAUAUUUGCAAUUGUUAUAAGAUGCGGAGUCAUUUUUAGGUUCUUUACUUCUGUGGGACGUGGUUAUGAUGCUUUGUAAUGUAUUAGCUUUUCUUCGUUACGAAUUACCUAAUAAUUCUUAGGAUUUUCUCUGCUAGGGUUGGGGGGGGGGGAAUUCUGACUUCUUCUUUUAAUUGAGCGUUUUAGUUGUGCACAUUUACCUUUCCAUUCUCAAGUUAGCUUACUUUUGGAAAGGGGAAGAAUUGUAUUGUAUAUGUCUUCUUCUUUUUCUAUUAGUGAUAAUUUUUUGUAUGUUUUUAUAUUUCGGUUCUUUGUUUGGUAUUAUUAGUUGCAUUGUUAUAAAUGCCCUUUAUUUUCUCAUUAAAUCCGUACGUCUGCAUCAUCUAGUAUGUUCUCAGGUGAUAGAAUCCCUGUUUGUCAUUUUUUUCCGGCAUUUGGAUAUUCUAAUUACCAGUUUGAAUUUUGCCCCUUUUUUGGGCCCUCAUUUCCCCCCUCUAAUACUCAUUAGGUCCUCCCUUUUAAUUCUAUGGCGGGAGAAACAUCAUGGAUCAUUCACUACCUUGAUAACGCAACCAGGGAGCCUAGGGAGUUUGAUUCAUUUUUAGAGGUUGGUGAGGAAAGCGAUAAAGAAGUCACUGCUGUUUCUGUGGAUAGUAUUUUGCCGGAUGACCUGUUGGAACGUAUCCUUGCCUAUCUUCCCGUUGCAAGCAUCUUCAGAGCAGGUUGUGUGUGUAAGAGAUGGAAUGAAAUUGUUACUUCAAAGAGGUUUCUAUGGAAUCUUUCACAUGUGCUUCCACAGAAACCUUGGUACUUCAUGUUCACAAGCUUUGAUGAGCCAACUGGUUAUGCUUAUGAUCCCAUCCUUCGGAAAUGGUAUGGCAUUGAACUUCCCUGCAUUGACGCUUCUAAUUGGCUCAUUGCAUCAUCAUGUGGUUUAGUUUGCUUCAUGGACAACGACAAUCGAAGUGAAUUAUUCGUGUGCAACCCCAUUACUAAAAUCUAUAGGCAGCUUGAGGAGCCCCCUGGUUCUGACUUUUCUGAGUAUAGUGCAUUGGCAAUUUCAGUGAACAGAAUCUCACAAAGUUAUAGAGUGGCAAUCGUGAAAUCGAAGGAAGUGCCUGAGAACUUCUCCCAAUCUGUUAUUUCAAUUCAUAUAUACAACUCAGAAGAUAAGACCUGGGUGACCAGUUUAACAGAGGUUUUGAUAGGGUGGAGAGGUGGUGGUGAGAGUGUGAUAUGUAAUGGGGUGCUGUAUUUUUUGGUUUAUUCAACUGGGGGCGGUCAACCAGAAAAUCGUCAUGCCCUAUUUGCCUAUAAUAUCACCAACCAUUCGUCUCAGCGAUCAUUGGCAAGGAGCUAUAUUCCAAUACCUUGUCCUUUAACAUGUGGUCGUCUGAUGAAUUUGAAGGAGAAGCUUGUAAUGGUCGGAGGUCUUGGUAAACUUGAUCGGCCUGACAUUAUAAAAGGGAUUGGCAUCUGGGUGCUAAAUGAUAGGAAAUGGGAUGAAAUUGCUCGAAUGCCUCACAAAUUCUUUCAAGGAUUUGGAGAGUUGGAUGAUGUCUUUGCUAGCAGUGGUACAGAUGAUCUAAUAUAUAUUCAAAGCUAUGGAGCCUCAGCACUUCUCACAUAUGACAUGAACCAUAAACAAUGGAAAUGGUCACAGAAGUGUCCAGUGACAAAAAGGUUUCCACUGCAGCUCUUCACCGGAUUUUGCUUUGAACCCAGGCUUGAAAUUGCUCCAUAGUUUGAUCAUACGUUAUAAAUGCUGCUAUUGACUGUGUCUACAAUCCCUACCCCUUGUGCUCUGUUUUGUUCUUCCAAAUUUAUUAUGAUAUGAUUUCUGUCUGCCAUCUUCCAACAGUCUAUACAAAAUGUACUUGCUGAUAAAGUUGUUUGUUCAUGGAUACUGGAAUAUCUUUUAUAGCAUUCGAAAAUACAGAAAACUA